CACUCUUUUACUCUAAUGGCACACUCUCUAGCUGUCACCCCUCCCUACUCACUUCUUCUUUCUAUGACUCUUACCUUCUUCUUCUUCUUCUUCUUCACUUCCGUCUGUUUCUCUGUUUCAGAUGCAGUGAAACCCAAAACCUUCAUUGUUCGCGUCCAACACGACGCCAAACCCUCGGUUUUCUCCACUCACAAGCACUGGUACGAGUCUUCCCUCAAAUCCAUCUCUUCUCAAAUCUCCCCUGACGACACCACCACCUCUGUUGCUUCUGAUGUGGGAAGCCGUAUCAUCCACACCUAUCAAACCGUCUUCCACGGUUUUUCUGCAAAGCUCUCUCCUUCCGAGGCUCAGAGGCUCCAAGACGUCACCGGAGUACUCGCCGUCAUUCCUGAACAGGUCCGCCAUCUCCAAACCACGCGAUCCCCUCAGUUCCUGGGCUUGAAAACCGGGGACAGCUCUGGUUUGCUCAAGGAGUCCGACUUCGGCUCAGAUCUUGUGAUUGGAGUCAUCGACACUGGAAUCUGGCCCGAAAGGAAGAGCUUCAACGAUCGGGACCUGGGCCCCGUUCCCAAUAAAUGGAAAGGAGAGUGCGUCGUCUCCAAGGACUUCACCGCCACCUCGUGCAACCGGAAAUUGAUAGGGGCUAGGUUUUUCUGCAGCGGCUAUGAGGCGACCAACGGUAAGAUGAACGAGACUACGGAGUACCGUUCUCCCAGAGACUCCGACGGUCACGGUACCCACACCGCCUCCAUCGCCGCUGGCAGGUACGUCUUCCCUGCCUCCACUUUGGGUUACGCGAGUGGCAUCGCUGCUGGGAUGGCUCCUAAGGCUCGCCUCGCCGCUUACAAGGUCUGCUGGACUGCUGGUUGUUACGACUCCGACAUUCUUGCUGCAUUCGACGCCGCCGUGUCUGACGGGGUCGACGUCGUAUCACUCAGUGUCGGUGGAGUCGUGGUGCCCUACUACCUUGACUCUAUCGCUAUCGGUGCAUUUGGCGCUGCCGACCACGGUGUGUUCGUCUCUGCUUCCGCUGGAAACGGCGGUCCAGGUGGGCUCACAGUCACCAAUGUCGCACCCUGGGUCACAACAGUGGGCGCCGGCUCUAUCGACAGAGACUUUCCCGCCGAUGUGAAGCUCGGCGACGGCAGGGUAGUCUCCGGCGUCAGUGUCUACAGCGGCCCGGGUUUGGCUACGGACACGCUCUAUCCGCUAAUCUACGCAGGAACCGAAGGCGGGGACGGUUACUCCGCCUCACUCUGCUUGGAAGGUUCAUUGGAUCCGAACGUGGUGAGAGGGAAGAUCGUGUUGUGCGACAGAGGAAUCAACUCCAGAGCUGCCAAAGGGGAGGUGGUGAAGAAGGCUGGUGGGGUCGGGAUGAUAUUGGCCAACGGCGUCUUCGAUGGGGAAGGUUUGGUGGCCGACUGCCACGUAUUGCCGGCUACUGCAGUCGGGGCCUCUGGAGGAGAUGAGAUACGGAAGUACAUCAGCGCGGCCAACAGUGGAAAUAAAAAUGGACGGGCUACGUCGACGGCGACGGCGACGAUAACCUUUAGGGGAACCCGUCUGGGGACCAGCCCAGCCCCAGUGGUGGCAUCGUUCUCUGCCAGAGGACCAAACCCGGAGUCCCCGGAGAUACUAAAACCAGACGUCAUAGCGCCGGGAUUGAACAUACUGGCGGCCUGGCCGGAGGGGAUAGGGCCGUCGGGUCUACCGUCGGACAAACGAAAUACGGAGUUCAAUAUACUGUCGGGGACGUCCAUGGCGUGCCCACAUGUGUCUGGGCUGGCGGCGCUGCUGAAAGCAGCUCACCCGGAGUGGAGCCCAGCGGCCAUCCGAUCGGCUCUGAUGACCACGGCGUAUGUGAUUGACAGUCGAGGUGGAACGAUGCUGGAUGAAUCCUCGGGGAAUUCCUCAACGGUGAUGGAUUACGGAGCAGGGCAUGUGGAUCCACAGAAGGCCAUGGAUCCGGGUCUGGUCUAUGACAUCUCCACCUACGACUACGUGGAUUUUCUCUGCAACUCCAACUACUCGGAGAAGAACAUCCAAGCUGUUACCAGGAAGAACGCCGAUUGCAGGGGAGCCCGACAGGCGGGACACGUGGGCAAUCUGAACUACCCAUCAUUGACGGCAGUUUUCCAGGAGGAGCAAGGGCGGAGGAAGAUGUCGACACACUUCAUCAGGACGGUGACCAACGUGGGAGAACCCAAAUCGGUAUAUCAAGUGACGGUGAAGCCUCCGAGUGGGACCACGGUAACGGUGCAGCCAGAGAAACUGGUUUUCAGGAGAGUAGGUCAGAAGUUGAGUUUUCUGGUGAGGGUGAAGGCCAUAGCCGUCAAGCUUUCCCCUGGGAGCUCUACCAUGACCAGUGGCUCGCUGGCAUGGUCUGAUGGGAAGCGUGUUGUUACCAACCCUAUUGUGAUUACAAUGCAGCAGCCUUUAUGAGAUUAGAGUAAUAGGCAUCUGUCAAUUUGGGAGAGAGAGAG